AUUCCCGCCCAAACUCUUCACACCGUAAGCUGAGUUUAGGGUUUCGGCCAAGAAGAAGAAGAAGAACAAGUAUGAGUAAGAAAAUCGUUCAAGUCGAAGAAGAAAUUGAAGGAAACCUUGUAGAGACAGACGACUACAUAUUUGAUAAGAUCGGCGAGGCCUUUCCGAUUAGGACUGAUGAUUUCACCUUCGAUCCCCAAAGCAGCCCCUCCCGGCCACUCGCCGUAUCGGAGAAGCACGGCCUCCUCUUCGUCGCUCAUUCUUCCGGGUUUUUCGUCGCGAGGACUAGAGAUGUUAUGGCCUCCGCCGCCGAGAUUAAGGAGAAGGGAAGAAGCUCUUGUUCAUCUUCAUCCAUACAGCAGCUGAGUGUUGUUGACGUUCCCCUUGCCAAGCUUCACAUUCUCGCACUCUCUACCGAUAAUUAUACUCUUGUAGCUACUGCAGAUUCCGACAUUCACUUCUUCUCCGUCGGUUCUCUCCUCGAUAAGUGUAUAGAACCAUCUUACUCUUGCUCACUCAGUGAUUCCAGCUCUGUCAAGGACAUGCAAUGGACAAAGAAAUCAGAAAAUAUAUAUGUGCUUCUUUCAAAUCUCGGAAAGCUCUAUCAUGGAACGGUUGGUGGCCCUCUGAAGGAUCUAAUGGACAAUGUUGAUGCUGUUGAAUGGAGCUUAAAAGGAAAAUUAAUUGCUGUGGCAAGGAAGGAUACUCUUUACAUUUUGUCAUCUAACUUUGUUGAGAAGUCAUCUAUGCUACUUUCAUUCAAGUCCUGGCUUGAUGAUCCUGAUACAAACUCCAUCAUAAAAGAUUGGCCAUUAUCAAGCUCUGAAACUGAAGUAUUUUCUCAAUCAUCAGUGGAUACUAUCAGGUGGGUUCGCUCUGAUAGCAUCAUUUUGGGAUACUUUCAACUGAAUGCAGAUGGGAAUGAAGAAAAUUACCUUGUACAAGUAAUACAAAUCAAAGAUGGCAAAUUCACUAAUGAAUCCUGCAAGCCAGUGGUUAGAUCUUUCUAUGAUAUGUUUUCAUGUAUCAUUGAUGACAUUUUGCCGUCUGGAAGCGGACCAUACUUAUUAUUGAGCUAUCUGGAGGAAUGUGAACUUGCAAUAACUGCUAACAAGAAGAAUGCGGAUCAGCAUGUUGUAUACCUUAGUUGGUCGCUGGGGGAGGAAAACAAUGAAGCUGUAAUUGUAGAUAUCGUACGAGAUAAUUUGAAACCGAGAAUUGAGCUUCAAGAAAAUGGUGAUGAUAAUUUGAUAUUGGGGCUCUGCAUGGACAAAAUUUCAGUAAGCCAGAAAGUCAGUGUCGGACUUGGAAUGGAACAGAGAGAACUCUCACCAUACUGCAUUCUAAUUUGUCUGACACUAGACGGAAAGCUAAUUAUGUACCAUGUUGCCAGUGUUAGUGGUGAUACAGUUAAGCCUGCUAGUGUUUCUAGUUCUGAUGAGGAAGAAGAUUCUGCUGCAUUGGGAACUGUAGGAUGUGAACCAGCUAAAUUGUCUCCCGAUCUGCAGAAGGAACAAUUUGGAAAGCUUGCUGUGGAGGCACCUUGGGCUGAUAAGGACAUAAAGGAACUUGACAGAAUAGUAAGUCUUCAUGUCCUCACAAAAGAUGACCAGAAGUCUCUUGCUCUAAACGAGACUUCGGUGCUCAAGGAAGAAAGUACCUACAAUAACAAGAAAGUGGAGCCUUUAACAAGGUCUCAGUCGUUUAAAGGUCAACAGGAACUUAUUUUCUCGAACCCCCACUUAAAUAAAAAUGGUAAACAAAUGCAGCUCCCUGUACAGGAAAACAAAGGUAUACCACAUGCAUGUACUGAUUCUUUUUCCCAAGAUGGGGAUAGUCUUGUGUUCAGGAACUUGAGCAAGACAGGAACUCAAAAAAAUUCUGUACUUGGUACGAGCAGUGUCUCUUUUGUUGAGACGGGGGUGAAAUCUCUAGGAAAAAUGGAGUCAACAGAUUUACAAAUGUUUUCAUCUCAGUCCUCUUCAAGUGGUGAAAUCACAUCUUCAAUGGGCACCGAUGCAAAGUCUCCAAGUGUGCCUUCAACUUUUAUUAAAGGUAGCAGAUCUGGAACUUCAACUACAUUAAGCUUUUCUGGUAUGCCAGUUGAGAACAGGGGAAGGAGAUCAUCAACUGCUGGUGGAAAUAUUGCAUCAGUACCUCCCGUACCUCCCAUUUCUAGCUUCCAAAUGUCAUCACAGGAAAUGUUUUUGAUUGACAAGUCUUUCAACCACAAGAUUUAUCCAGUGAAGGAAAAUCACAGAGAACAUCCCCAUUCAAGGAUGCCAAACUCCGAACCAAGUUUAUCAAAAAAAUUUGGCAAUAUAACAGAGAUGACCAGGGAGUUGGAUAUGUUCCUACAGUCUAUAGAGGAACCAGGUGGAUUCAGGGAUGCCUGCAUUGUUAAUCAGAGAAGUUCUGUUGAAACAUUGGAGAGAGAGGUUGGGAUUCUGUAUGAGAGAUGCCGAAUAUGGAAGGGCACUAUGAAUGAACGACUUAAUGAAGUACAACAUCUUUUUGACAUGACUAUACAAGUACUGGCACGGAAAAUAUACAUGGACGGGAUUGUGAAACAAGCUUCUGAUAGCCAAUAUUGGGACUUCUGGAGUGGUCAGAAAUUGAGUUCAGAACUUGAGCUGAAGAGGCGACAUAUUUCAAAAAUGAAUCAGGAUUUGACUGAUCAGUUAAUUAGGUUGGAAAGACAUUUUAAUGGCCUUGAGCUUAACAAAUUUGGUGAAAAUGAUAGAGUUCAUGCUGGUCAAAGCUCUUCACAAAGUCGAUUUGGGCAUUCAAGACACACUCAGUCCUUGCAUAGUCUACAUAGCACAAUGACAUCACAAUUAGCUGCAGCCGAUCAACUGUCUGAGUGUCUAUCAAAACAAAUGGUGGCACUAAAGAUUGAGCCGCCUUCUGUAAAACAGAAGAAUGUGAAAAAGGAGUUGUUUGAAACUAUAGGGAUUACUUAUGAUGCCUCUUUCAGUUCCCCUUCCCCAGAUGUGUCAAAGUUUCGUGGUACUCCCAAAGAGAAACUAUCAUUCUCUUUGGGUUCAUCUACUGCUAAAGAUCGACCCAGGAGAAAUUCAAGCGCCACAAAGAAUUAUGAACCAGAAACUGCAAGGAGGAGGAGAGACUCACUAGAUAGGAGCUGGGCGAACUACGAGCCUACAAAAGCCACUGUCAAAAGGUUGCUUUUGCAAGAAAGUGGGAAGGUAAGUGUGAAUAGAUCAUCAUUAUCGGCUGAUAAGCAACGCAUUAGCCCUCGCCUGGAGCGUUCAGCCGUUACUCAUCCACAGGAUCACACGGUGCCUGCAACGCUCUUUCAUCCAUCUGAAAACAAAGGCAUCCAGGAUACACACUCAAAACAGGCUUUGGAAAACCCUGCAACUCCAUUUGUUUUUCCAAAGGAAUCAGCAAGGCAAAAUUUUAUGAGGGAAAUUAACCAGACAGCAGAAAAUUCUGGUGGGGGCAUAAUAUCUGUUAAGAAGUCCGAAUCAGUUUCUGCAAGGGAAAAGUUUGUUUUUCCAUCAGACACUAGUCAAAACCCAUAUACUUUUAUGGUACCUACACAGACAGCUCCAGUGCUUAAGAAAACCUACGAUAUGCCAAAUUCAUCUCCUGAAAAUGGUGUACUUCCAAUAGAAAAUAGUUUGAAGGAUAGGCCUUUGAACACAACAAUUCCAUCUCCAGAAUCUGGGAAAAAACAUAAUUCUCCAUUUUCUUCCUCAUUUCUUGUUUCUGUGGCCCCUUCUGCGACAUCCUCAAUGUCAGUUUCAGCACCCCCAUCUUCAAUAUUUAGUUCCUCAUCAGCUUCUCUAUCGUCUGUAUCAAGUGCCUCAUCAACUUUGCCUUCCUUACCCUCCUUGAUGUCUCCAAACAGACCUUUGACAAACUCAAAGACUACAGCUGAUAUGAAUAAACCUGUCUCAACAUCAUUCCCAGUAUCAGCUUUUCCCUCUCCAGUUGUUGUACCUUCUGGUUCUUUCUCGAUGAGUGUUUCAAAAUCACCAUUGCCCUCUGACAUUGCACCUGCGACGAAGUCCGCAUCAGAAUCUCCAGACACAGAGAUUCAACCACUAUCAAAGACUGCUGUGAAUUCUAAUACUAUAGUACCCCCAGUGGAUUCUGGACCUUCUCCUGCUGAAACUAAUCCAAAUCUCAAACCUUUGAUAUUACCUCCAGUUACAGUUGAAAAUUCAACAGGCCUAGCUCCUGAUAAUCAGUCCAGUUUCAGCAAUGCUAGUCCUGCACCAGUGGUGGCACCAGGAAGCCAACCCAGUUUGAAGAAUACAUCAGGUCCUACACUGAAUGUGAUUGUAAAUGCUCAGCAGGAACAGACAUCUGCUGGACAAUCUCUAUUUCCUGCAGCACUCUCCAAUUCAGGGAGUGCUGCUAGUAGAACCAUAGAUGUCCAAAAUGCCCAGGAGGAUGACAUGGAUGAAGAGGCUCCUGACACAAGUAGCCUGGUUGGACUUGAUUUUGGAAGCCUCGGUGCAUUUGAGCUUGGCUCUUCCCCUAACCCGACCGCUGCUAAACCCAAUCCAUUUGGUGGAUCAUUUGGUAAUGCAGCAACAAAUGUGGCAACUUCGCCUUUCCCCAUGACUGUUCCUAGUGGAGGGUUGUUUCAGCCUGCAUCUCUUAACUUCCAGUCUCUCCAUCCUUCUCCAUCAUCUCAGCCAGCAAAUCCAGGUGCAUUUGCUAGUGGGUUUGGCACUAGUACUACGGCCCCAUAUCCCAGUCCGGGUGGGUUUGGCCAGCCAUCACAGGUUGGACCAGGGCAGCAGGCAUUGGGAUCAGUUUUGGGUGCUUUUGGACAGUCGAGACAGCUAGGUACUGCUUUACCAGGAACUGGUUUUGGAUCACCUGGUGGUUUUGGUGGUGGCAUUGCUAGCAAUAAACCUACAGGUGGUUUGUCAGAUGCUGCCACCGGAGGAUUUGCAGGCGCUUCUUCUACUGUUGGCGGUUUUGCGGCUGUGGCUUCUGGUGGUGGUGGAUUUGCUGCUUUGGCUUCAGGGGCUGGGGGUUUUGGCGGUGCGUCUUCAGGGUUUGGGGGUUUUGGCGGUGCGGCUUCAGGGUUUGGGGGUUUUGGGGGGGCGGCUUCAGGGGGUCCGGGUUUUGGCGGGGCGGCUUCAGGGGGUUCGGGUUUUGGCGGGGCGGCUGCAGGGGGUUCGGGUUUCGGUGGUGCAGCAGCAGGGAGUUCGGGUUUUGGUGGUGCUGCUCCAGCUGGUAGCGGGUUUGCAGGAGCCAAUGCAGCAGGUGGUGGAUUUGGUGCAUUCGGUGGCCAGCAAGGAUCUGGUGGUUUCUCUGCUUUUGGUAGUGGAGGAACCGGUAAGCCUCCAGACUUGUUAUUCCAGAUGAGGAAAUAACUGAUUUGGUAAAUCGAACUUGUUGGCAUUUAUCAUGUCAAUCAUGUGAAUGUUGUUAGAGAAUGUUUGGGUUGAUGGCUACUCGGGUUCUCGUUGUACAGGUCUCCCUUCAAUCUGCAAUAGAACAGUUUGAAGUGUAUCCUUGAGCAAUUUUAUUAACUUGCAUCCGCUGCCUGCUAAUUAUUUGCGUACAGGUCUCCCUGUAGUCUGCAAUCGAACAGUUUAAACUUUAAAGUGUAUCCUUGAGCAAUUUUAUUACCCUGCAUCCGCUGCCUGCUAAUUAUUUGCGCGUUAACUUGGUGCUUCACAUU